AGUGGUGCCGCCUUGUGUGCGCCUCGGCCAAGUGCUGAAGAGCAUGGCGGCGUAGCUCCUGUACCUGGCAGCUGAGGGCGACAGCCUGUUUGGCUUGCAGCUAUGGGAUGCUGUUGCUGUGGAUUCUCGUCCUCAUACCUCCCGCAGCCGGAGCAGCCGCUGGAUCACAGGGUCUAUGCGGAGUCCUACACUCGUCAAGAUCGCGCGAAGAUUUGGGAAUCUAUUGGGAAGGAAGGUGGUCAAGAGAUCAUGCGCUUUAAUGAGGUGGAGGACAUCCGCGCAUACAAUCCAGGUGGAUCAGAGCAGUGGCAGGUUGGUGUGCUGGUUCUGACAGAGUUGUUUUUGUGCUGGAAUUCGACUCCCUCGACUGGAAGCGAGACGGCCUCGCAGCAUUCGAAGGCCACGAGACGUGCGCGGAUUCGAGGUGGGAGUUCGAUUGUGAUUGGGUAUGGCAUGAUAGAGGAGGUUGGCAUCGUUUGCUUUGAUGCUGGUGGAUGUGCAGUGAGAGUGGUGGCUCGUGAGGCCUUUGGCGAGCAGUUCGAGGUGAUUUUCCGGGUGCUGCAGCCAGCCGAGACCUUGCCAGCCUUCACAACCACCAUUCCGGAGGAGUCUGGACCAGAAGGGAGUGAAGCAUGGCAUCAGAUGCUGGCAAACAUGAUGGACCGCGUGCUGAAAGCCUACAACUGGUCUCAUUACUUCCUGCACUGCGCUUUGCGCCAGCGUGACUUGUUUGAGCACAUCGGAGUCAUCCAGCCUGAGCCGAACAGGCUUGACCAGCCCGGUGCCACCGAAGCCAGUCGGCCUGAGCUUGCCCUUCUACCAAACGAGGAGAUUACGCAGACAUUCAGCGGAAUCCUCAACUUCGGUGCCUCUCAGGAGGACCUGGUCGGACAUUUGAUAGUCACCAAUUGCAGAGUGGUUUGGGCACUCGACCGGGAUCGUACGACUUACAAUGUCAGCGUGCCACAUAGAGCACACGUUCCUUCGUUGACUGACACCCAAACCUUCGGGCUGUGCCUCGUUUUGCACAUCCCGCAGCCCUUCCUGAACAACCCGGACCACCUGGGCGGUAUGCGCUUGGGCUUUGGCGCCGCAGGCAUGAAGGACCUGGAGCGGAAGCAGCGACUCGAGCAGAUCCUGCAGCACAUCGUGGAGAUGCAAGGUCAGUACUGGAGGCAGCCGAAGUACGGCGUCGCAGACUACAUGCGAAACUCCCGACAGUACAAGGUAGAGUCCAAUGUGAGACUGCUUCAUGCCCUGAGUCAUCUGGACACCCUCAGCGAAAACACCCGGCCCGACACCAUCGAGUCGGACUUGCAAGGGGAAGUGAGCGAAUGCGUGAUUUGCCUGGAGCAGGUUUGCAGCGAGUCGCGGCUGGCGUACUUGCUGGCCGCGGGCAAGCUCGGUUGGGCUUGCAGGCACAUCUUCCAUUUGGAAUGUGCUCAGCAGCUGGCCACACGCAAGUGCCCGGUGUGUCGGUCGAGCUUCAGCGAAGUCCGCGAGAUGCCUGAUAUCCGCCACAAUCCUGGAGCUUGGUUCGACGCCAUGGACGUGGAUCGAACAGGGGAUUUGGACUUGGACGAGGUCCUAGGGGCUUUGUCCGUAGUUCUGCCCAUCGAUCGCGACAAGCUGGAGCUGUUGCUGCGGCCAGAGAACGAGGCUCCCACAGAAGCCAUCCUCAAUGACACCGUGGCGCAUGAGAGCUCAAUCCUCGACAGCGACAACCGGCUACGGCCCGAGCCGGCUCCGCCGGCGCUGCCCAACUUGCCGUCCUCGGCCUUGUGGCGGCAGUGGGACAAAGCAGGUACUGGCCGCAUCACGCGGAAAGACUUUGAGGCUCCCGAAGGCGGGCUCUUAGUCUGGAUCCUUGCUCGACUGAAGCUAGUGCAUCGCGGCCAACGUCCACAUCCAUGUCUGGCCGCUGCCGCCAGUUCUGAAGCCCUUGGCAGGUGGUUUGACUUCUGGGAUUGGAGUCAGGUAGGCUUCCUCACGCGCGGCCAGAUCACUCGAGCUGUCGCGCGAGAGUUUGAAGGAAGAUUGGCUGACCUUAAGUGCCUGGACUUGGUGCGAGAUGUCUGGAAAGUCACCACCGAGGAGACGAUGUCAAAGCCGGUGACUCCAAAGUCUUCCGUGGUGACUCCGAGCAACGUGCCGGACGAAGAGCCUGGCAGUCCUAUGUCAGGACAUACGAGCAAGCACCACCUGGCACUGGCGCAUGCAGAUCCGUGGAACCUCCGAGAAGGCAUUUGCUCCAGAGGAGAUUUUCUGGAGGGAGGUCUCGGCUCAGCAUUGCGCCUGAAACUGUUGGAAGUGACAACUCAGCGGUCUGCUGCGGGUCGGCACCGACAGACGUCCAGAGAGAUGCACAGCAUGUUUAGCUUCGAAGAAGCAUUGGUGUCUGCAACUGGAUCGACAGGAACGACCAGGUUCCUGCAGUCUUUGGCAGAGUGUGCGGGCGCGGGCAAGAGGCGACCACCCGGCGAACCAGAGCCUUUGGGUGCUCGCCGGGGACCUCGUCUUUUGCCACUUUUUUGCGCCUGGCGCGGCUGGCUGCAUCGCCAGGUCAGUCCGCAAGCGCCCUGUCCGUGGACGCAAGCUGCAACAUGUGCACUGCGUGAGUAAAAUAAAGAUGAGCCAACAUGAUCCGCAGUGACAAGGCUGUCGUGGUGCAGUUCUCGCUU